CUCAGUUUCUACUGCUCCAUGGAGCGCAUGCUCUUCCUUGCCACCGGUUUUUGGGUGGGAGGCGCAGCCGCCUGGGCGCCCAUCGCCGGCUACCUCCUCGCGCCACAUUGCCGCGGCCGCCGCGGCGAUGCCAGCAUCUGCGCGGCGGCGGCGGAGGACGGCGCGAGCGCAGGCGCGCGAGGGCGGAUGGACGCGGCGGCGCUGCAGCGGCGAGUAGUGAUGGCGGCGAGCGAGGACGAGGAGGAUCCCGCCGGCGUGCUCGUCCGGCCCGACGACCCGUCCGCCCUCAUGACGGAGCGCGACCGCAUGCGCCUCGCGCCGGUGCACACGCUGAAGCGGAAGCGGCGCUCGCGCAAGAUUGUGCGCAACGAGGUGGUCGAGGAGAAGUUCUCUCCCCUGGUCCCCGGCGCGCGCCUAGUCUGCGCUCGCCAGUCGGUGCAGGAGACGAUCAUCUCUGCGUACGCGGGGGACAAGCUCGAGGACAAGCAGGGCGCCCUACAAGAACAACGUCAUCUCGUACGUCGUCGCCGGCUUCGGCGCCGCCGCUCUGCUCUUCAACGUCUUCCCCAGGCUGCUCGAGCUGCCGGAGAUUGCGAACGUCAAGUUCCCAGACGUCUUAUAGCCGCCGUGAGGGCGGGCCGGAGGUGUGCGCGGGUCCGGAAUACGCGGAUGCGCCCGAGUGGCGCGGGAGGGGAGCCGCGCCCCCCCGAGUGUUUGCUUUCGUCUUUGUGUGGUCGCUGGAGUGUUCUGACGGUCUGUGGUGCGGCGUGUGGAUUUGAGGUUGCACGGACACACUGGCAUGACGCGUGUGGAUUGUGAUGAACAUUGAUAGGGGGUGGACAACGUCCUAAUCUAAAAUCUGAGAAUUCAGGCUU